AUGGCUGCGAACAAUCCCAUGGUGUCACUAUUGACUGACAACAAGCUCAAUGGAGCUAACUCUAUCAAAUGGAGAGAGAACAUUAAUAUUGCUCUCAUUGGUAAAAAUUUCCUGUUUGUGUUGACUGAAGAGGCUCUUGAGCAGCCAGGUGAGAAUGCAACCAAGGCAGUCAAGGAAAAGUUCGAGAGUUGGCAGAAUGCCAAUAACAAAGCUCGAUACUUUAUGCUGUCUAGCAUGGUCAACACCUUGAAAACAAGAUUUGCAAACACUCUCACGACUGCAGAAAUCAUGAACUUGUUAACUGAACUGUUUGGGAUGGCAUCAAUUCAAGCUCGCUUUGAGGCGACUAAGAUAUUCAUCAAUGCACGGAUGAGACCUCAUCAUAACGUGCGUGAUCACCUUCUCCAGAUGACUAGUUACUUCCAAGAGGCUGAAAAUCAUGGAGCUGUUAUAGAUCAGACAACUCAAGUGAGUUUGAUCUUGAAUAGUUUAACUCCAACUUUUCUGCCUUUUACAUCAAAUUAUGUCAUGAACAAGUUGGAGCUUGACUUUCACGAGUUAAUCAACAACCUUCUGACAUUUGAAAAUUUGAUUGGAGGAGCACAGAAAGGAGGAAGUAAAGCUCCUAAUUCUGGCACUGCUAAUGGUACGGCCAAAGUUGAGGCAAACAUUGCCUUUACUUCGAAACCCAGCAAAGAGAAGAGCUGGAAGAAUAGCAAGAAGCCUCUUAAAGUUGUGAAAACAGUUAAAAAGAAAAAGGCGGCUAAUCCCGAUGCAAAGCAAAAAGGAAAGUGCUUCUAUUGCAAUGAAAAGGGCCACUGA